AUGAAAACGAAUAAUAAAAAAAACGUUGCAAAAGUGUUAUCUGCUAUUAGUAAAACACAUAAAAUUAAGAGAAACAAAAUAAACCGACUGUCUGAUAAAAAAUUAAAAGGCAAAAAGAAAAAGAAAAUAUCGAAAAAAGCCUUAAUUGAAGUGGGUCUGAAAAGUAAUACUAAAAAGCCUAAAACAACUACGGAACAGCCAGGCACUCUGGAUAGUUUGACGAAAUUGACUAACGUAAGCUAUAAAGGAGCGCCGAUAAAUUCUACGUCUAGUCUUUAUCGGCCUCAGAAAAAGGUCGAUGGAGACAAAACUCCGACGUCGUUCAUUAAGAGAAUGAAAGACAAGUUAAAGAGCGCGAGAUUUCGCUACUUGAACGAACAAUUCUACUCAUCCACAAGCCAAGACGCUCUGACAUAUUUUAAAAAAGAACCUGAUGCGUUCAAGGCUUACCACAACGGUUACAUGCAGCAAGUGAAACAGUGGCCAGUAAAGCCGUUGGAUGUUAUAAUCAAGCAACUCACUUCUUUGUUUAAGAAAUCCAAAAAAGACAAUCCUGUUGUCGUGGCAGAUUUCGGUUGCGGGGACGCUGAUCUCGCUCGAACAUUUCCCGAAAACAAAAUACAUUCGUUCGAUUUAAUAGCGGUAAAUAAAUUCGUCACCGCUGGAGAUAUGGCCCACACCAGUCUAGCUAAUGCGUCCGUUGACGUAGCUGUAUUUUGUCUGUCCUUGAUGGGCACAAACUUGCAGUCAUUCAUCAAAGAAGCCAACAGGGUUCUAAAAGUUGACGGUUUGAUGAAAAUAGCGGAGGUCGAAAGUCGAUUUGACGAUAUCAACAAUUUCGCCAAUCAGCUGACCAAGUAUGGGUUCGAAAUCGUCAAGAUUGACAAAUCAAACGAUAUGUUUGUUUUCAUGGACUUGAAAAAGACUCACGACAUCAGCAAGACGGCGCUAAAAAAGAAAUUACCCCUUUUGGAAUUAAAACCUUGUGUUUAUAAAAAGCGUUAAGAUUUGUAUUUUUUUUCAUUUUUAAAUCACGGUAAUUUAACAAAUAUAUAUAUAAAUUUUAAGCGCAAA